AUGCAACGCAGCCAUCGCAAACUACUCAAUGCCGCGCUGUGUAGCAACAUCAUCCUCUCCUGCGCGUUGCUACUGACCACCAUGUUUCUACUAGAAACACCAUAUGUGGGACUUGAUGCUACUAUUACCGCCAGCGUCUAUGUAGUCUUCAAUUUUGUUUCUAUUGUCAUCUUGAAUAAAGCACCAUCGGCUUUUUGCGUUGGCUUUGUGGUUGGUGCAUCACUACUUGUGCUUGUUUUGGCCGUCCAAAGUGCUUUGUAUUGGGGGGAAGCGCACAGCAACUCACGAUACCAGAGUGCAGGCUACUUAGCAUCUGGUAUUCACUCAAUGAUUUUCUUAGUGCAGUGUGGUGUGACAACAGUCGUGGUCAAGUCCAAGGAAGCCGUGAUCGAUACUUAUGCAGCGUACGAGUACAUUCCUGAUAAUGUCCUCUCAACUAAUCGCUCGGGCCCAACAUGUUUGAUGAAUUAUAAUACUGCCACUUCAACUGUCAACAUCGAUCGAUUGAAUUUUGGACGAAUUGGAAAUACAUAG